UCAUAUACAUUGGCUGGGAGAUUGUCAGCGGCCAAACCGCACAGUACUAUGCACACUCAGUCUGUACAUGUACAAUGCAGUGGGUACAGUAUUAAACCAAAGAAAUAUAAAACACACACUGCAUCACUUUACCCACCGGCACGGGUAGCCCAUUUCCAGCAAUAAUAAUAAUUAAGAAAAAACGAAGAAGCGUUUCUUUCUCCACCGGCCACGGAUGCAUGGAUCUAGUCAAUUAGCGGUGCUCUUUGCUUGUUGAAAACAAGUCCAAAAUGGAUGGAAAUAAUCAUGGUAAUCGUGGGACACGACUCAGACGCUCCUUUCGGAGGAUACUGGGCAAGAAAGAUCUAGAGGCGGGACCAGCCAACAAUACCUUGCCAAUCAACAACAACGACCAUCCUAUACCCAAGCGGAAAGGCAGCAUCAAGAAGUGGUUAACCAGCCCCGUCAGAAAAUUGAGCACUAAACAGUUGGAGAGAAUCGACGGCUCAAAAGGGAGGAAACUCCACGACGACUUGGCAGUUACGCAACACAUUGGUGAUGAAGCCAAUGAGGAGGAGCCUCUGAAAGAGGACCCGCCCCUAGCUGCUGGAGAGGAUUUGUUGGAAGACGUGAGUGGACCAAGCCGUCGUUCACAUGAGCGUGUAUCAGCCGUGAGCCAAGAGGACCUCCUAGCACCCCGCUCCUCCCCGACCACGGUCCCUCCCGAAUCGCCAGUCGAUGACGAGGACAAUCUGGAACCGAUUGAGGCGGUACCGUUACCUCCACCCAUGGAGCUACAGAACCACUCCACUCUGAUCACUCGCACCACCUCCUCAGAGAAGGAAGACGGACGAGAGUCACUUCUGUCCCUUGGCCCCACACCCGAUGUGGCUGGCAUGGGACCAGACCCUGUCACCGAAAUUGAGCAAUUGGUUAGCCAGAAAAGGGAGGAUGAAAAAGAAGUUGACACCACAAAAGAGGUUGCCAAGACAAAUGGCGAGGCCUCAGAGGCGGACAAGGAGGGUCAACCGGGCCCUGCGGAAGACGAAGACGACGUCGGCAAGGCAGACUUGAGUCUUGGAGAUCUAGAGCAGACCGUGUCCCCUCCAUCUGAUGAUGAAGGGGACACGGAGGCGCAGCAGGAGGAGGCUAAGAAAGAGGCGGCGCUCAAUAAACGAUCAUACAUCAUGGCUGAAAUACAAGAGACGGAAAAGGAUUAUGUGAAGGAUUUAGGAAAAUGUGUAGAGGAAUACAUUGUGCAUCUUAAAGAUGAGAAUGUUCAAAAGCCGGAGGGUCUUGAAGAAGGCAAGAUCAAGAUUGUGUUUGGCAACAUCCAUCAGAUAUACGAUUGGCACAAAGAAACGUUUUCUAUUGAAAUUGCCAAGUGCUUCGAAAGCCCUGAACUCCUAGGCGGACUGUUUAAGAAAUAUGAGAGGAGGUUACAAAUGUAUGUGGUUUAUUGCCAGAAUAAACCCAAAUCAGAGUUCAUCGUCUCCGAGUAUGAAGCAUUUUUUGAAGAAGUAAGAGUCAAGUUAGGCCACAAGUUAUCCCUGGCUGAUCUGCUGAUUAAACCAGUCCAGCGAAUCAUGAAAUAUCAACUCCUUCUCAAGGAUUUCCUGAAGCAAACCAAGAAAGCCGGUUUAGAUACAGAAACGUUGGAGACGGCAGUCCAGAUAAUGUGCGUCGUUCCCAAGAGAGCCAAUGACAUGAUGGCCAUCAGUAGGCUACAGGGCUUUGAUGGGAAGAUCACAGCUCAGGGCAAACUCCUCCGUCAGGGGACCCUCAGCAUCACCGAGAACGUCAGUAACUUGAAGUUCAAGGAGCGUAGGGUCUUCAUGUUUGAGCAGAUCAUCAUCUUCAGUGAACCACUGGAGAAGAAGAAGGGAAGCUUCAAUAAUCCGGGUUACAUCUUCAAGAAGAGCAUGAAGGUUAACACCCUGUCCAUACAAGACAUCGAAGAUGAUACUCUGCAGUUCAAGCUGAUUGAGCGAGGCGGGGAGAAGUUCUUGAUUCAGACACAGACACCGGAAGAGAAGAGUACUUGGUUCCAAGAGAUCCGUGAUUUGUUGAACCAACAACAGGAUUUCCUCAGAGCACUGCAGUCUCCGAUCCAAUACCAGAAAGGUCUAGAUUCAACUGACAAGAAGGGACCUGAGCAAGCCCCUCCAGCUAAGACAUCGACAGCAAGCAGUAUGUUCUCCAAGCUACGCAAGUCCAACUCCCAGACGAGCGACCAGCCGGCAUCCUCACUCCAAAAGCAGCAUGCCCUGUUCAGCAGCCUGAAGAGCCAUCGCAAGAACCAGACUGCACCAGCAGCCAUCUCCCUGGCGGAACUCAAAGAUAAAGAGAAGGCUGCUAAGAAGAAACCGCUGACGGGGCAGCCGGAGGAACCCACGUCUCCCCCUGCCCUGGCUCCGCAGCCCGAAGACAAGACGGAAAAAGACGGACUCAAAACCUCCAACCACAAGAACUCGUGCGAGAAGGAGAACCAGCAAAGCGGCUCCCCCUCGCUGCGUAAGAAGUUCUUUGACGGGUUGUUCCACUCGUUCCGGCCGAGCAAGUCCAGGGACACGUCCCCUAUGGGGUCCAAGGAGAGCCUGAAAGGGGGCAAAGAAACAGGGUCAUCCAAGGAGAGCAUUGAUAAGAAUAGUAACAAAUCAUCACCGCUGUCCAGCAAUGCGGAUCUGGCGGGUGCGUCGCCACUGGAACAGGAAUCCGAUGCACAGAGGAACUCUAAGAGUCCACUUAAACGAACUCAGAGUGCACGGGACUCUGUACCAUCAAAAUCCAGCCAAGGUGGAUCCACGGGAUCCUUAACCUUACCCAAGAGUGGUUCGCCACCGCCGCCCCUGGAUACGACGCCAAGCCCCGUUGGGCUGACGGCUCCCCCGCCAAACAGGGAAGGUGUCACUCCUAGAUCCAAGAGAGCCUCCACGGGGUCCAUCCAAAAAGACCAAGAGCUGUGCUCCAGCGGGAACAGGAAAGUCUCGUUAGACUCAUCACCGUACCGGAGUAGGAAUGCAGUGGAAAACAGAGCAAUGGAAGCCUCUGGAGUAACACAGAAUCGACUCAGCUAUACAUCUGUGUCCAGUGCAGAGGGAGACGAUACAUUUGUUGAGUCAACAUGCAUGUCCCCGAUCAUCUCCAGCUAUACAGCGGUAAAGGAAGAUGAGAUCACAGUUGCCAAGGGCGACAUGGUUCAGAUCCUGGCGGCCAAUCAGCACAACAUGUACCUGGUCCAUCGAGCCUCCUCCCAGCACUCCCCAGCCGCUGAGGGCUGGUUACCCGGCCACGUCCUGGGCAACACCAAGGAGCUCCUAGGAGACCCGGGAAGCUCUCCAACACAGGCUAAUCCCGCUUCUGCCACCAACAGUGAAACCACCCCGAAGAAAACAUCCUCGUGGCACGAGGCGUUCCGAAUCCGCCGAUCUGGUCAAAGGUCAGAUCGGAAGGAGAAGCAUCUGACCCCUAAGAUGAGGUCAGGGUCAGACGGCAGCAUAGACAGCAACAGAGGGGGUCGGGAGAAGGAAUCUAAGGGCUCCAAAAUAGCCACCAAGCUCCUGUAUCCACAUUUUGUGUACGAAUCUGCUCCUGAGUUCACCACCCCUCUGACCAAUCAGACGGUCAAUGAGGGCGAUGACCUCAUCCUCGCUUGUCAGGUGUGCGGCAAGCCGACGCCCACCAUCACCUGGGAGGCUCCGCCCACCUCUGCUCCCCUCAGAGCUGACCAUCGCGUGAGGAUGAUGGAGAGGGAGAACGGGAUGGCGAGACUUGAGAUUGCUGACAUCCGAAGCGAGGAAAAGGGGGAGUAUACAUGCAUUGCUUUCAACGCGGUCGGCUCGCAGACGUGCAGUGCGCUGGUCUCUGUUAGAGGCAAACCCAAGCCGCCGAGUAAUCUGACUGUACACGAUGUCAGAGCCACCUCAGUAGUCAUCAAAUGGGAUGUACCACAACGGACGAGGCACAGUCCGAUCAUUGCAUACACAGUGGAGUAUGCGUUACAAGGAAUGAAAACUCUGAAAUGGGAAAUUGCAGCUGCCUACGUCACCGACCUGUUUUUCAGGGUAGAUGACCUCAACCCGGGGUCAAGUUAUUACUUCCGGGUCAGUGCUAACAACGACGUUGGGAUCAGCCUGCCCAGCGAAGCAUGUGAAGUCGCCACACUGGCGUCUGACUUAGAAACUGAAUCUGACUAUGGAUCAGGAGCUCUCUGGCAGCACGGUUUCCAGAAUGCAUUCAACAUCAUUGGAGAAUUGGAACGUGGAAGAUUUUCAGUCGUGAAAAUGUGUUAUGACAAGCAGACCCAGAGGGAGGUUGCCGCCAAGUGCAUCAGCAAAAAGCUGAGGAGUGUGGAGCUGGUUGAGAAUGAAGUUGCUAUUCUAGGAUCCCUCAGUCACCCCUCUGUGUACAGGUUACUCGGCUGUUACCAGAGGCAUCAACACCUGGUUUUGAUUUUAGAUCUGAUUCCUAACGGUCGUCUCUUGGAGCAUCUCAUCAGUCUUCCCAUAGUUACCGAGCCGCACGUCGCGGCUUACGUUGCUCAGAUCCUUGAAAUAUUGGUCUACCUGCAUGGGCGGGGCAUUGCUCACUUGGACAUUAAGCCUGAGAAUUUCAUGGUUGAUAUGACCUCCAUGUCUCCCACGGUCAAGUUGAUAGAUUUUGGCGAUGCAGCCUACAUCGGUGAUCAACCCUACGUCCACGUCCUGCUGGGUAGCCCUGAGUUCUCACCACCGGAGCUUGUCAAUAGAGCAUGUGCCAGCCUCAAAUCCGAUAUCUGGAGUGUUGGUGUCUUAACCUACGUUUUAUUGAGUGGAGUUUCUCCGUUUCUGGAUGAGACGGUUGAAGAGACAUGUCAGAACAUUACUAGGGUGGAUUUCUCCUUCCCCGAGGAGUUCUUCAAGACAGUCGGGAGGCAAGCCAAAGUCUUCAUCUGUAACCUUCUCAAGGAGAAUCCAAGUGACAGGCCUUGUGCUGAAGACUGUCUGCACAUUGACUGGUUGAGGUCAGUGAGCAGUGGGGAUUCCCCUAUGCAGACACCUACAUUGCAACUCGACACAUCAAGGCUGGUGGAUUUUAUUGAGAGGAGAAAAACACAGAAUGAUAUCGUGCCAGUGACACCGGUGGCAGGGCACCAGUCGAGGGGCAAAACCUCCACUGUCUGAAGCUGCACCUCAUUUCAAUAAUUAAUGUAUUCAUUAAUUUAUUUAUUUGUAGAGGGUAUGACCCUCUGUAUAGUGUUGUUACAGUGACAGAGUCCCUGGCAAGUUGAGAACGAUAAUGAAGAACGUUUUUGAUUUUAGAAAGGUGUUUGGGACGUGUGCUAGAAAAAUAGCCUAGCGAGGCUGGUUCCAGACUCAUUUGGUCUGAGGGUCUAGGUUUGCUAGGAGUUUAGGCUGUGAGGGUUCACAAGGUUUCAACUUUUGGGCCAAGAGGAUGCUUAAGCGGUCUGCGUCACAACUGACACUCAGUCAGUCUAUCAGUGUGAUAAAGUACAAAGUGAACACUACGCUGGCCUUCUGGUAGGGCUGUCCCAGAUAUACCGAAUAGUCAAAUAUUCGAUCAGCAACUGAAUAUUCAAAUAACUUUUUGCCGGUUUGGAUAUUCGGAAGACAAAAAAACUAUGCUUAUACACACAGGACUGUGAUGUUAUUUUAUCAUAAACAUGGGCGUCGCGAGGGGGGGCAAGGCCCCCUGG